AUGGCCGCCGGGAGCAUCACCACGAUGCCCGCCCUGCCGGACGCCGGAGGCAGCGGCGCCUUCCCGCCCGGCCACUUCAAGGACCCCAAGCGGCUCUACUGCAAGAACGGGGGCUUCUUCCUGCGCAUCCACCCCGACGGCCGCGUGGACGGGGUGCGCGAGAAGAGCGACCCGCACAUCAAACUACAACUUCAAGCAGAAGAGAGAGGGGUCGUGUCUAUCAAAGGAGUGUGUGCCAACCGCUAUCUCGCUAUGAAGGAGGACGGCCGGUUACUGGCUUCUAAAUGUGUUACAGAUGAGUGUUUCUUUUUUGAACGGUUGGAAUCCAAUAACUACAACACUUACCGGUCAAGGAAGUACUCCAGUUGGUAUGUGGCACUGAAGCGGACCGGGCAGUACAAACUUGGAUCCAAAACAGGACCUGGCCAGAAAGCCAUCCUUUUUCUUCCAAUGUCUGCGAAGAGCUGA